AAGGAUACACCUCAUGCAUCCUCCGAAUUCCUGUGAAAGAAGGUCGCAUUCAAAGGCUGCAUUCGAAGUGACUCGCUUUUAUGAAACGAGACAGCCUCGAUGCUGUAUGCUGCCGACAAAUGAGACAUAUCCAGAAGAAAAGACGUGUUCGGUGUGAACGCCCACUCAACAUUAGUUUCACCGUGACGUUCUGCGCUUGUGCGUGAGUAAACCCCGCCCCUUCUGGACCUCAGUUCGCUGACUGCAUGUCGGAAGCGUGAAAGGUACCGUGAACCAAGCUGACCAUCCAGCAUCAUAGAGACAAUUUUACCAUUGGUUAGACCUCUUAAAGUGACAGAGAGGAGAGGUGUAACAUGCUGUUAAAUCCAGUUAUAUCCAAACUGAGUGGCAAGCUCGUUGUCCUGGCAAGUGCAUCCUCAAGACGCCUGGAGAUUUUGACGAAUGCUGGUUUACGAUUCGAGGUUGUGCCCUCUUGGUUUAAAGAAACCUUGGACAAAUCCUUAUUUAAAACACCUUAUGAAUAUGCAGUGGAGACUGCCAAACAGAAGGCUUUGGAGGUGGCUCAGCGAAUGCCUUGUAAACACUUGAAAACUCCAGAUAUUGUUAUUGGAGCAGACACUAUUGUGACAGUUGAUGGUUUGAUCUUGGAGAAGCCUACGGAUAAACAAGAUGCUUACCAUAUGCUGUCCAGGUUGAGUGGUAAAGAACAUAGCGUUUUCACAGGUGUGGCUAUUGUGUUAUGCCAUGACAAGAACGGUUCAGACACAAAAAAUCCAGACUACAAAGUGGUAGAUUUUUAUGAAGAGACAAAAGUCAAGUUUGCUGAGUUAUCUGAGGAGAUGCUCUGGGAAUACAUCAACAGUGGAGAGCCCAUGGACAAAGCUGGUGGUUAUGGGAUCCAAGCGUUGGGUGGCAUGUUGGUGGAGUACGUACGAGGAGAUUUUCUUAAUGUGGUGGGCUUCCCUCUUAACCACUUCUGCAAGCAGUUGGGAUUAAUUUUCAAUAGCCCUUCUGAAUGUCCUGCCCACAAGAUCAAACGGGAAGAUUCAAGAGAAUCUGAUGAGUCUUGGACUCUAGUCAACAACCUGUCUAAGUGUGCAGCAAAUGGAGAGGUUGAUCUGCAGGAAAUCAGUAAUGGUAAAGACACCAGCCGGAUGUUUAUGCAAGAACAGAAUACGAUUGUGCCGGAUUGUGCUAAGUGUGGCAGACAGGACGUCCCCCACAGUAUCAUGGACUUACUGGAUGGGUUCAAAGCCUCAAAGACUUUAUUCACGGCAUCCAAACUGAAGGUCUUUGAUGCAUUAAGUAGCUCAGAUGGUCUGACAUUAGAAGAGGUAGCUGGCCAAAUCAACGCCUCUGUUUUGGGCACUGAGAGGCUUCUGGAUGCUGCUGUCUCCAUAGGGAUACUUGAAAGGGUUAAACAGCAAGAUGAUACCAAUGUGUACAGAAAUACAGAACAGGCCAGUCGGUUCCUGGUAUCAGAUAGCCCACAGUCUCUGCAUGGAUAUAUCCUCCACUGCAAUGACACGGUGUGGCCUCUUUUCAGUCAUCUAGAGAGUGCGGUCAGGGAGGGUACCAGCCAACAUGAGCGCAACUUUGGGAAGAAAAAUGAGGAUGUGUUUCAGGAUGCAUACUACAGUAAAGAAGUUAAGAUGCGAUUCAUGAAUGCAAUGCACAACAUCGCAACGGUGUCUGGGAAAGAUGUGGCAACAGCAUUUGAUCUUUCUCCCUAUAAAACAGCCUGUGAUAUUGGAGGUUGUACUGGUGCCAUGGCAUACGAGUUUACAAAAGCCCACCCUGGACUCUCAGUAAUUGUAUUUGACUUGCCACAAGUCAUUGAGAUGAGACGUCACUUUCAACCUAAACAAGAAAAUGACAGAGUGUUGUUUGUUGCAGGAGAUUUCUUUAAAGAUGACCUACCUAAAGCAGACCUGUAUAUUCUUGCACGGAUUCUCCACGACUGGUCUGACGAGAAACUUGAUAUACUGCUGAGUAAACUGUCCAAAAUAUCCAUGCCAGGCUGUGGGCUUCUGGUGUCUGAGAUUCUCCUGGAUGAGGAGAGGAAAAGACCGAGCCGGGCCUUGCUCCAGGCCCUCAGUAUGACUGAAGGAAAGCAACGGAGCACCACAGAAUAUAGUGAUUUACUGGAGAAGCAUGGCUUCACUCCCAAGCUCAUCAAAUACACAGACAACCUGCUGGAUGCUAUGCUCUUUGUGAAAGAAGACCCAAAUGACAAAAGAACUGUACUAGCCUGUUCUUCAGAAUCCAUUGAGACCGCAGAACGUGACUGAUGAUAAUGUUGUGCAUCUGAAAAACUACAGUGGAUUAUUCUAGUUUACAACCCCAAUUCCAAAAAAGUUGGGACAGUAUGAAAAAUGCUAAUAAAAACAAUGAGUGAUUUGUAAAUUAUAUUCACCCUUUGCUAUAUUGAAAGCACUACAACUAAACAUUAUAUGAUGUUUUACCUUGUGAAUUUCAUAGUUUAAAAAAAAAAAUGUAUGUACAGUAAUUUCAAAUCAGAUGAUUGCAACACACUCCAGAAAGUUGAGACAGGGUCAGUUUAAGACUAAUAACAAUUUGAUGAGUUAAAAUAAGGCGAUGUGAAACAGGAGAUGUUAAACAGCUGAGGCAACCGUGUCAUAGUAUAUAAGGAGCCUCCAAAAAUGCGUGAUCUCUGAUCCCUCAGACAUCACUGUCUUAAACAUCAUUCGUCUGUAAUGGAUAUCAUGAACAUGGGCUUGGGAUUACUUUAGUAAACCUUUGUUAGUCAACACCAUUUGCCGCUGCAUCCACAGAUGCAAGUUAAGACUUUACUAUGCAAAGCAGAAGCCCUACAUCAACACUGUCUAGAAGCGCUGCUGACUUCUCUGGGCUCGGUCUCAUCUUAGAUGGAAAGUAGAACUGUGUUUUUUGGUCCGAUGAGUCCACAUUUCAAAUAGUUAUUGAAAAUCACAGCCGUUGUGUUCUCUGUGCCAAAGAGGAAAAGGACCAUCCAGGCUGUUGUCAGCGUCAGGUCCAAAAGCCAGUGUCUGUAUGGGACAGGGGUGUGUCAUUGCCCAUGGCAUGGGUAACUCGCACAUCUGUGAGGGCGCCAUUAAUGCAGACAAAUAUGUACAAAUUUUGGAGUAGCAUUUACUGCCAUCCAGCACUGACAUUCCAGGGAUGUCCUGGCAUUUUCAGCAGGACAACUUCAAACCACAUACUGGCCGAAUAAGCAGAGAAUGUGGGUGCUAGAUUGGCCUGCCUGCAGUCCUGAACAUCUCCAAUUGAGAAUGUGUGGUGCAUUAUGAAGCGUGCAAUAUGGCAACGAAGACCCCGUACAGUUGUGCAGCUGAAGACCUACAUAAUGGAUGAAUGGCGGAAAAUUCCACUUUUUAAACGUAACAAAUUUGUGUCUUCAGUGCCUAAAUGCUUAAUGUGUUAUUAGAAGAAAUGGUGAUGUUUCACAGUGGAAAACACUCGGCUGUCCCAACUUUUUUUGUAGCGUGUUGCAAUCAUCUGAUUUGAAAUAAAGAAAAAAUGAAAUUCUCAAGGUAAAACAUCAUAUAAUAUUUAGUUGUAGUGUUUUCAAUAUAGCAAAGGGUGAAUAUAAUUUACAAAUCACUCCUUUUUGUUUUUAUUAGCAUUUUUCAUACUGUCCCAACUUUUUCAGAAAUGGGGUUGUAUUAACUGUUUAAAAAAAAAAAAAAAAACUAAUUUAGCUUGAUAAAAAAUACUUCAAACAUUGCUGAACCAGUGUUUCCCACAGGAUUUUAUGAGACUGUGGUGGGUUGACCUCGGACUCAGGGGGGUCCCAUAAGAAAAUUUUGUACAUUUUAAAGUUAAAUGCAUCAAUCUGGUGCACUUUGAGAGCAAAAUUAAGAGGCUAGGUCUAUGAACAACUUUGUGCUCUUGUAAACAGUUUUGUGCUCCAGUAGUAAUUUAAUCAAACACAUUGGUUGCAGGGCUCGGAAUUAAGCAUUGUCAUGUGCUUGUCAUCCGGACAAGUAAAUUGGUCAUUCAUUUGUCAGAGUAAAAAAGUUACUUGUCUGGAGAAAAAAAAGGAUAUUUAAGUUAAAUGCUUAAGUAACAUGUCAGAGUUUAUGUUGUUUAUCAAUGCCCAACCUAAUAGAGUACAUAUGCAAUCAACUCAAUUCUCUGCAACAGAAAUGUAAACUGCACUGGGUAGGGGAGGAGACUAUUGUCAUAUGAUAAUUAGUUUAUGUUAUGUAUGGUAGUCAAAUAAAGGAAAGCCUCCAUCACCACCAUUAACAGAAGGGAUGCUCAUAGUUCUAUAGAAUGAGAUCUACUUUUUCAUCAUGUUACUGCAGCAAGAUCUACCAUGUACAAUAAAGUCUAUACAUUAUCACAAUACCAAAUUAUCUGUAGUCGGUAGUGUAAUUUGAUGAUUCUCAAUACCAGCUUCAAAACCACAACAAAUAAUAACACUAACUAAUAUGCUAAUUAUGGAAGAAUGGUUUCAAGUUCUUAAGUAAUUAUUCAAGACUAGUAAACAGUCAGUAAUAAAAUAAUAAAAAAACAGCAAUGAAUAGAAAUAGAUGAAAAAUAAUGGAACAAAAAUACAAAUUAAGAAAAUUCAUUCAAGCAUUCAUGUAAACAUUCAAAAUGAAAUAUAACAUAAAACUACUACUGGUAUUCACUGUAUGAUUAUAAUACAUUAAUACUUUUUAAAGCUACUAAAGUAACCCAGUCAAGGGCAGUGAGUGUUUUCUUGUUUUCUUGUUCUGGUUGUUUGAUUAUAAUAAUGACACACUAGACAGCAGCAGGUCUAUUAGCUUACAUCUGUACUUACAAUUAAGUCAUUUGAAUACAAAUCCACUUUUUUCCUCUGCUGUUUACACUCAGUUUAGACAUCACCCUCUGUGUUUACAUGAAUACCUCACCAAGACGGGCGUUUUGGCGGAAUGUAUUUGAUAGGGUGACCAUACAUCCUUUUUUCCCGGACAUGUCCUCUUUUUCGGACCUUAAAAAAGCGUCAGGCCGGGAUUUCUAAAUUUGCGAAAAUGUCCGGGAUUCGGCUUUAGUUGCAUUAUGAUGUGCAUCUGGUCUAUACUUAAUUGUGUGCGCGCGCACAUUUGCAUUGCUUUAACCCCUCUUUGUAAGUCCCGCCUUCUCGCACAUCAAUUGGUCAAUUAUAAGAGGCUUGCAGCAACUAUUGACCAAAUUCCUACCUGUCAAUCUCUCCGCGAACGAGCGAAGCGCUGUUGUGUUCGCCAUCAAACAUUUUUUAUUUAUUUAUUUAUUUUUAUUAUCAACAAAUAGCAUGUACAAAAUUAAUUACCAUAUUGCAACAGAGAGAUAUAUCACAUGCUUCACACUAAAAUAGAGAUUAUAAAAAAAAUAAAAAUAAAAGAAAAACACAGAGAGGGUACAUAUCUAUAUAUUGUUGAAUAAGCAUAAAUAGAUACUUUUUAAAUGAAAAUAUUAAAUGAAGAACAUAUUGCAGUUGUUUUAAUUGCUUUGCUAUUUUUUAGAUUUUGACAUAACAUCAAUGCACUUUUUAAUCUCCUUCUUAAGCACUGUAAAAUUGGGUUUGCCAUUUGUGAAUUUACAUUUAUGGAUAUGAAAUUUACAUAAAAAUAAAAUUACAUUUAUAAUGAAACCAA